AACAAUAACUUUAACGUUAGCUUUCAAAACGUUAUAACCGAUAACGUUUUGAACAUUACACACGUAACUCUGAUCGUGACUUUCGGCACCCAAAUUAACUCUUUUCUGCCAAAUCUCGAUCAUUUUUAAGCAGAACAUCAAUGCUGAUCUACAAGCGAUAUUGGCGAGCAACACUAGCUACAAGAAAAAGCGCGUUCAUUCGUUUUGAAUGCUGUGUGGCAUCGAGUGUCAUUCUAUCCCUUCAAGGUCAAAGUGCAGCGCUGUCCGUAUGAAACUGCUCAGUGCUCACGCCGCCGGUUUUUAUUGAUAUUACAACACAUGGGGUCCACAUGAGGCGACCCAUGGCUCGACGUUGUCGUCUUGGCUCUCGACCAGUUUUAUUCGAAGAGUUGUGCAAGGCAGAACAACUGACGAAGUGAGGUUUUGGUUAGCCCUAGCGGUAGAACAAACCUUACUGCCAAGUUCAAGGUCUCGUUCUGAAGACAUUUGUUUACAGUUCAUGUCUUUGAGAAGUUGAAGAGGUGACUAUGUUGCGUUGGCGCAUGUUGGUGGCUGCACUCCCGCUGUUUACGAUAAUUUAUCGAGCAGGUGCGGUUGUUCAUCAUGUUCCUCUCCACGUACGUCCAGGUCACAGUCACGAAUGCUACAUCCCGCGGCUAAAGACCUUUCUGCCGCUGAGAGAGGUGCGGUUUCUCUCCGGAUGUCGCGCCAUGACGUGCACGCGCAUCGGAAAACAACACCUCAUGAAAAUCGCAGAGUGCAACCCGCCGCUGCUCCGACCGGAGCACUGUGUGGAGAUAUACACGGACCGCGCUGCUCGCUACCCGCACUGCUGUCCCAGCUUCGAUUGUCCGCGGGUGUUCGAUGUGGAGGUAUCCGCGCACGUAACGCACGUGGGUACAGGGAAGGGGAAGAAAGGAAACGGGAAGAAGCACAAACCGAGAGUGGCACAGAAACUGUGACGGUGUUCUGUAUUUGAGAAAUAAAUCUGAGCCUCAGCUU